UCCAGCCUCGGACGGACAGAGGAGGACCUGGUGCUGCCACUCACUGGAUUAUCAAAGAUUAACAACGUGCCAGUGCAACCACGGAGCACAGUUCACCACAGCUCUCUCUUCAGCAUGGCCGAGACUAAAGGAAAAUUCGACUUUGCUAUUGACCGGGGUGGCACCUUCACUGAUGUGUUUGCCAGACUGCCAGAUGGACGGGAAAGAGUCCUGAAACUCCUGUCCAGAGAUCCACAGAACUACAAGGACGCUCCCACUGAGGGGAUCCGCAGAGUCCUGGAGGAGGAAACUGGGAAAGCGUGUCCUCGCGACCAGCCUGUAGACACCUCUCUGAUUGGUUGGAUCAGAAUGGGCACAACAGUGGCGACCAACGCUCUUCUGGAGAGAGAAGGAGAAAAGACAGCCCUCCUGGUCACCAAGGGCUUCAAAGAUCUGCUGCAUAUCGGCACGCAGGCCAGGCCCAAGCUGUUCGACUUGGAGGUGGCGAUGCCUGAAGUGCUGUAUGAGGAGGUGAUAGAGGUCGAUGAACGUGUUGUUCUCAGGCAAGAUGGAUGCCAGUUGCCCAAAAAAGACCCCAAAUGCAUUGUCACAGGCAGUACUGGUGAUUCUUUGGAGGUGUGGAAGCAGUUGGAUUUGGAGCAAGUGGAAAAAGACUUGAGAGCUGUUCUGUCCCGUGGGAUCACCAGUCUGGCUGUUCUGCUGUUGCACUCGUACACAUGGUCUGAUCAUGAGAAGGCGGUGGGCUCUCUGGCGCGCCGCCUCGGCUUCACCCAAGUGUCCCUGUCCAGUGAGGUCAUGCCGAUGGUGCGGGCGGUUCCUCGAGGUUACACCGUCUGUGCCGACGCUUAUCUCACACCCAAAAUUCAUCAGUAUUUAAAAGGCUUCACCUCUGGGUUUAAGGAUUCCCUCAAGGAUGUGGACGUCCUGUUCAUGCAGUCUGACGGCGGUCUGACUCCCAUGGAGCAGUUCUGUGGUUCACGGGCCGUUCUGUCCGGCCCAGCGGGGGGUGUGGUUGGUUACGCCGUCACCUCAUACAACCAGAUGGAGAAGAAACCUGUGAUUGGCUUUGACAUGGGCGGAACGUCCACAGAUGUAAGUCGAUACGCUGGACAGUAUGAGCAUGUGUUUGAGGCUACCACAGCUGGUGUCACUCUGCAGGCCCCCCAGCUGGACAUCAACACUGUGGCCGCUGGGGGAGGAUCACGACUCUUCUUCAGAUCAGGGAUGUUUGUAGUUGGUCCAGAGUCUGCAGGAGCACACCCAGGACCAGCCUGCUACAGAAAAGGUGGCCCCCUGACUGUGACUGAUGCUAACUUAGCCCUGGGUCGCCUCCUGCCGUCCUUCUUCCCAAAAAUCUUCGGGCCUGGAGAGAAUGAACCUCUAUCCCUGGAGGAGACCAUGAAACACUUUCAUCGGCUCACACAGGAGAUCAACAGUUUCCUGUCUUCUAACCAAACACAGGCUAGUGCAAAUGGGACCAACCACUCACACCGCAGCACAGUCCCAAACAGCCAAUCAGAAAUGAGUGUGGAGGAAGUUGCCAUGGGAUUCAUUCGUGUUGCGAAUGAGGCCAUGUGUCGACCAAUCAGAGCUCUGACACAGGCCAAAGGUCACGAUACUUCCAAACAUGUGCUGGCGUGUUUCGGAGGCGCCGGGGGCCAACAUGCCUGUGCUAUCGCCCGAGCUUUGGGGAUGAAAACUGUAUUUAUUCACAAAUACAGUGGAGUGCUGUCGGCCUACGGUCUGGCUCUAGCGGAUGUGGUAGAGGAGGUCCAGGAGCCGUGUUCACUGCGGUACGAACCACGUUCCUUUACUGAGCUGGACAAGAGGGUGGAGCUUCUCUCAAAACGCUGCCACGAUACGCUGUGUGGGCAUGGCUUCACCAGUGGUCAGAUCACCACUGAGGUUUUCCUCCACAUGCGUUACGAAGGCACUGACUGUGCUCUGAUGGUCACUGCUGCCGGUUACCCCAGCAACGCCCAAUCAUGUCGAGGUGGAGACUUCCGCAGCGCUUUCACCAAGAGGUAUCUGAAGGAGUUUGGGUUCAUUAUCCCAGACAGAACCAUCAUGGUUGAUGACAUCAGAGUGAGGGGUUGUGGGAAAUCCGGUAUCAAAUCCCUCAAUAAAACAAUGACAGGACACGGAAAAGCCAAACCUGUCACAGUCACCAAGUGCUACUUCGAGGACGGUUACCUGGACACAAGCGUGUAUCUGUGGGAGGAGUUGCCAUGUGGCCACAGCAUCCCGGGACCUGCUAUUAUCAUCGACAAGAACAGUACCAUCCUGGUGGAGCCUUGCUGUGAGGCCCAUCUGACAGAAGGGGGCGACGUGUGCGUGGCUGUUGGUUCUGACCCACACUGCGCCCUGGGAACCGAACUCAACACUGUGCAGCUCUCCAUCUUCUCCCACCGCUUCAUGAGCAUCGCAGAACAGAUGGGCAGGGUCCUCCAAAGAACCUCCAUCUCUACCAACAUCAAAGAGCGUCUUGACUUCUCCUGUGCUGUGUUUGGACCGGACGGGGGUCUAGUGUCCAACGCUCCUCACAUCCCUGUCCACCUGGGGGCCAUGCAGGAGACUGUCCAGUACCAGAUCAAAGCUCUGGGUGAUAAACUGAAAAAAGGGGAUGUGAUUCUGAGUAACCACCCAUGUGCUGGGGGGAGCCACCUGCCAGACCUGACAGUCAUCACUCCAGUGUUUCGAGAAGGUAUAAGCGGGCCUGUUUUCUUUGUGGCCAGCAGAGGGCACCAUGCUGACAUAGGAGGCAUUACUCCUGGCUCCAUGCCUCCACACUCCACCUCGCUCCAGCAGGAGGGGGCUGUCUUCACCUCCUUUAAACUGGUCACUGGCGGCGUCUUUCAGGAAGAAGCUGUAACCGAAGCUCUAAUGGCUCCAGCUCAGUACCCAGGUUGCUCUGGGACUCGUAAUCUCCAUGAUAACCUGUCAGAUCUGCGGGCUCAGGUGGCAGCCAAUCAGAGAGGUAGCCAGCUUGUAGGAGAGUUGAUUGACAGCUACGGCCUGGCUGUAGUUCAGGCGUACAUGGGAUACAUUCAGAGUAAUGCAGAGCUGGCAGUCAGGGAUAUGUUAAGAGACUUUGCACGUCGUCGGCGGCAACAGACUGGAUCUUUGGAGGUGGAGUCGGAGGAUUUCAUGGAUGAUGGGACGCCAAUCAAACUGCGUGUCCAGAUUAACGAAGCGGAGGGCAGUGCAGUGUUUGACUUCACAGGGACGGGGACAGAGGUGUGGGGGAACUGUAAUGCUCCCCGGGCCAUCACAUUAUCUGCCCUCAUCUACUGCCUGCGCUGCAUGGUGGGACAGGACAUCCCCCUUAAUCAGGGAUGUCUGACACCGAUCAAAGUCAUCAUACCUCCUGGUUCAAUCCUCCAACCAUCCAUGAAUGCAGCUGUAGUCGGAGGAAAUGUGCUCACAUCCCAAAGAGUAGUUGACGUCAUCUUCAAGGCAUUUGAGGUUUGCGCUGCCUCACAGGGCUGCAUGAACAACAUCUCAUUCGGCAGUGAGAGGGUUGGUUACUAUGAGACGGUUGCUGGGGGAGCAGGGGCAGGACCAGGUUGGAAUGGGCGGAGUGGAGUUCACAGUCACAUGACCAAUACUCGCAUCACCGACCCUGAGAUACUGGAAAAGAGGUAUCCGGUGAUUUUAGAGCAGUUUUCCUUGCGUCAAAACUCAGGAGGUGCAGGGAAAUAUUACGGUGGAGAUGGUGUGAUCCGGAAGCUUCUGUUCAGGAACAAUGUGGUUUUGUCUGUACUGACUGAGAGGCGUUCCACCCGCCCUUACGGUCUCCAGGGAGGUGAAGAUGGUGCUGCAGGUCUGAACCAGCUCCACAGAGCAGACGGCCGAGUCCUCAACCUGGGAGCCAAGACCAGUGUCACUCUUCAGCCUGGGGACAUGUUUUGCCUCUACCCAGGAGGAGGGGGGUAUGGAAGGGAGGAGGAAGCAAACGGAAGACCCCAGACUAAGCGCAGGCGCUUGAAUGAGACAUUCCCUGAAAGAGGCAGCGUCUUUGAAUACCGAAUGGCACAAGAGGGAGUGUGAAAAGAAAUGAGAGAGAAAAGGGAAAGUUAACAGACAAGCCAGAAGAGGAGGAGGAGGAAGAGAAAGAGAAAGAGGUGGGGCAAAUUACAGGAAAGUCAAGCUGAGUUGAAAAGGAUGGAGUUAAGUGUUGAAGCUCAGUGUCAAAGAUGGACAGAUAGUUAGAAAUCGGAUCAUUUUUAUCGUCAAACUGACAAAUAUUAAACUGUUUGUGAAAUGGACGGUCAUCACAGGGCAGAUAUUUUCAGUAGCAGCUCUUCCAGUGUCCGUAUCCUCUUCAUCGUACAGGAAUCGCAUCAAUCAUUGAACUUUUUAAUUAACAGUGGACAGUUUUGAUAUUACAUUUUCAGUGACUUGACUGAAAUACUCGUUUUACAGGUUCAUUCCAAUAAUUCCAGACUAAAUGUUCAAGAUAAAAUCAGAACUACAACAUGAAGAUGUGGUUUGUACUGUAGACAUUAGCUAUUUUCACACCUGAUCUCUUUUUAAAAUUUCACUUAUUUUGUUCCAGUUUCAUGUGCUUACUCUUAAUGGAGACUGAAACACGA